AUACCGGUUUAAAAGUUGUUAACCGGAGUUCCCUCCCCUCAGUAAACAAAGCUACAGUUGCAACUGACAAGUCAACUUAUAAAAUUGACCUGUUUUCAUAAUGGACAAAUUUGUGACCAGAACGAGAAAACAGGGUGGACAAUCUUCCCCAGGGAAGAAAAAACAGUUUAGACAGGCGACAAUUGAAUCUUUGCAGGGGGUCGUGGUCAUCGAGGAAAUCCAGCGUCUCAAGAACAAGCUGAAACUAGAAAAUCAGUCAAAGGAUGUUCUUGUGGACUGUUUGAAGGAACUUGGGAAGAAGAUACCCCCUAGACACGUCUUGUUGUCUACCAAAAUAGGAAAAGUUGUAAAUCGAUUCCGCAAACAUGAAGAUAACCAAGUUUCGAGUGAAGCGCGACGGGUGUACCUCAAGUGGAGGCGUCACUUCAAGGAUCAUCUUGAUCGGCCACAAAUUGAAGUGAAAUGUGAUGCAAAGACAGAAAAAAUGAGAGCAUCAGGAAAACGUUUCAUCGCAGACGCCCUUUCUCUAGAGCUGUCCCACAGUCUUCCUGAGGCAAUAGAGAGAGAAGUGUUCUAUGUGAGCAAGAGGCUGAUUAAUGUCCACUACCGAAGGACAAUGCGCACGGUAGUCUUCACUCUCAGGAAUAAAGAAGAGGUGAAAAACAAAGUUAAAGCCAGAGAAAUGCCUGUUGAAGAAUUUGUGAAGACAUUUCAGAAAUGAUAUGGUGUGUGUGGAUUAAGCAUGUGAGGAUUCCCUGUCAGAAACAAAUUUGUGUGUAUAGGUGUUAGCGUGGAAUAAUUGCCCGGAGCGAGAAAGAAGUACAGUGGUGUUCAGCUGGGUUAUGCAUGGUUUAUCUACAACAGCGACACAUCUGGGUCUCCAUUACAUGCUAAGGCUGGGUGUAGCAGAGAGUAACACUGAUGGUGCCGGUGUAGCUGUUGUUGGUGAAGAUAGACUCUAGUUGAGAUUUAGACAGCUGAACAGUGUGUGAUAGUUUGAAUGAUCCGGGACUCUAGCUGAGAUUUAGACAGCUGAACAGUUUGUGAUAGUUUGAAUGAUCCGGGACUCUAGCUGAGAUUUAGACAGCUGAACAGUGUGUGAUAGUUUGAAUGAUCAGGGACUCUAGUUGAGAUUUAGACAGUUGGACAGUGUGUGAUAGUUUGAAUGAUCCCGGAGUAGAUGUUUGGUCAGGACUCACUUUGUCCUUUUCGAUUUAAAUUGAAACAAUUUUAUGUGUGUGCAUUGUCAGUUAUGUUAUGAUCUAUACGUAUGGCAUGUUUUAUGCAGGCUUUUACAAAAUGAUUAUUUUAUUUAAAUGUUUGUUCGUUUAAUAAAAUAUCAUGAACAA